AUGGGUGGUACUUCCGACGCUAGAGUUCACGAAGGCAAGCUUGCCAUUGUCACUGGGUCCGCCCGUGGUAUCGGAUCAUACAUUGCGCGCGCUCUCGCCGCCAGAGGUGCCAAUAUUCUGGUCAACUACGCCACUGAAUCCUCUGACGGUCCUGCUGCAACCCUGUGCAAGGAGCUCGAGGAGAAGCACUCUGUCAAGGCUGUGCCAUGUAGAGCCGACAUUAGCAAGGCUGAGAACUGUGAUAGCCUUAUCGCUGUCUGCAAGGAGCACUUUGGUGGCGACGACUUGAAGAUCAGCAUCAUCGUGCACAAUGCAGCCGUGCUCUACCUCGGCCCAGUCGAGUCUGUGAAGCAAGAUGAAUUCGACCACAUUUAUCGCGUCAACGUCUUGGGCCCUGCGCUGCUUACGGGCGUGUGCAAGCCCUACCUACCGACAGACCGGUCCGGCCGCAUCGUCAUGAUGUCCAGUAUCAACCCCAAAAUCGGCACCCCUCACACAACCCUCUACGCAGGUACCAAGGCGUCCAUGGAGGCCAUGGCAAGGGUCUGGGCCCGUGAGCUUGCAGAGAACUGCACGGUCAACACCAUCAACCCGGGACCUGUCAUGACUGACAUGUACAUGACGGCACCUGACGAGAUCAAGCAGGCUUUGGCUCUGUGGAACCCGCUGACACCUCUUGUUCCUGUUAGAGAGACAGACGGGCCAGAAGUGCAGGAGCUGGGAAGGAAGUUUAGCGGCAGAGCCGCAUAUCCAGAGGAGAUUGCGAACCUGGUCGCUAUGAUCUGCUCACCGGAAUCGAGCUGGAUGACUGGUAGCUUGGUGAGCGCCAACGGCGGCCUAACGUUCAGCACUUAG